AUGGCUGUCGCAGCCCGAUCGCAGGUGCCCAGGACGCCGCGCGUCAUCAGCCCGUCGCCCACUCCCUCGGAGAAUGGCAGCGCUGGCGGCUACUUCACGCGCUCCGCCGCGCGCCGCAUGAACAGCAACACCGAAAUCAUUUCGCCCCCACCCAUCGACGAGAACGACAGCAGCUCGGGCUCCGACGAGCUCGGCCGGCGCUCGCGUCUCCGCAGCAGAAGCCCGGUCAAGAAGCGGUUACAUGACGCUGCGGCUGCGCAAACAACGGGCAGGAGCAGGAAGGACCUGUCUCUGCCGAACGGCUCGUCGAAUGGCCAUCUCUCGCCAUACACUGCAAGCUCGAACAAGGAAUACUGGCGCAGUCUGAGUCGGAGCCCAAGCCCGCUCGGCUUGAUUCCCAUCCACCAGGAAUGGCGGAACUUUAUCCACCGGCAUGAAAUCCCUCGCAAAAUACUCCACACCUCCAUCGGCUUCCUCACCCUCGGGCUCUACGCCUCGUACGCGCAACCGUCGCAGAUCCACCCCGUUCUCCUCUCGCUCUUCAUCCCCAUCUUCACCACCGACGUCAUACGGCACCGCUUCCCAUCCUUCAACCGCUUCUACAUCCGGUGUCUGGGCGCGCUGAUGCGCGAGUCUGAAGUCGACGGCUGGAAUGGCGUCAUUUGGUAUCUUUUGGGCGCGUGGGCCGCACUCCGCUUCUUCCCCAAGGACAUUGGCGUCAUGGCCGUGAUGCUGCUGAGCUGGUGCGACACGGCCGCCAGCACUGCGGGCAGGAGAUGGGGCAGGUACACACCCAAGGUGCGCCAGGGCAAGAGCUUGGCCGGCAGCUUGGCCGCCGUCGUCAUGGGCGUCAUCACGGCCGCGGCCUUCUACGGCUGGGUCGCCCCGAGCGUGGAGUUCCAGAACCCGGGCAUCGAUUCGGGAGACUUUGCGUUUGCGUUCCAGGGCCGACUGGGCCUGCCUGCGGCGGUCAAGGAAUCCCUCGGAUGGAGCAACGACCAGGGCACCAUUACCGGCAAUCUGGCUCUCGGCGCCAUGAGCGUCGUGGCUGGGGUUGUGGCUAGCGUUAGCGAGGCCAUCGACCUGUUCGGCUGGGAUGAUAACGUUACCAUCCCCAUUCUCGCCGCCGGUGGGCUGUGGGGCUUCCUGAAGGUUUUCGGAUGCGCGUGA